CUGUUGUCUUUUUUUUUCUUUUUCUUUAAAAAAAAAAAUUAAUAAAAAAGUCAGCGUAAAAAAUAAUAAAAUAAGCCGGAGUUAAUCAUAAUGGCGACAGCUGCGGUGUCUGCCCCUGCCGGCAGCGGCCCCAGCCCCGGGUCGGGAACGGAGCUGGUCCGCGGGCAGGCCUUCGACGUCGGGCCUCGGUACAGCAACCUCUCCUACAUCGGGGAGGGAGCCUACGGGAUGGUGUGCUCUGCCUAUGACCGGGACAACAAGACCCGCGUCGCCAUCAAGAAGAUCAGCCCCUUCGAGCACCAGACGUACUGCCAACGCACCCUGAGGGAGAUCAAAAUCCUCAUGCGCUUCAAACACGAGAACAUCAUCAGCAUCAACGACAUCAUCCGCACGCCGACCAUCGACCUGAUGAAGGACGUGUACAUCGUCCAGGAUCUGAUGGAGACGGACCUGUACAAGCUCCUGAAGACUCAACACCUGAGCAACGACCACAUCUGCUACUUCCUGUACCAGAUCCUACGAGGGCUCAAGUACAUCCACUCUGCCAACGUCCUGCACCGCGACCUGAAGCCCUCCAACCUUCUGCUCAACACCACCUGUGACCUCAAGAUCUGUGACUUUGGCUUGGCCCGCGUGGCCGACCCGGACCACGACCACACCGGGUUCCUCACGGAGUACGUCGCCACCCGUUGGUACCGAGCGCCCGAGAUCAUGCUCAACUCCAAGGGCUACACCAAGUCCAUCGACAUCUGGUCGGUGGGCUGCAUCCUGGCCGAGAUGUUGUCCAACAGGCCAAUCUUUCCUGGGAAGCACUACUUGGAUCAGCUGAACCACAUUUUGGGGAUCCUGGGUUCUCCCACUCAGGAGGAUCUCAACUGCAUCAUCAACAUCAAGGCCAGGAACUACCUGCUGUCGCUGCCGCUGCGCUGCAAGGUGCCGUGGAACCGCCUCUUCCCCAACGCCGAUCCCAAAGCUCUGGACCUGUUGGACAAGAUGUUGACCUUCAACCCUCACAAGAGGAUCGAGGUGGAGGAGGCCCUGGCGCAUCCUUACCUGGAGCAGUACUACGACCCCACGGAUGAGCCGGUGGCCGAGGCCCCGUUCAAGUUCGACAUGGAGCUGGACGACCUCCCCAAAGAGACGCUGAAGGAGCUCAUCUUUGAAGAAACGUCCCGUUUCCAGACCAUCUUCAGGUCCUAACGUCUCACGCGGGAUGAUUCUGUGGACCGGCUCCUCGUCCUCCUCCUCCUCCUCCUCCUCCUCCUCCUCCUCCGCCUCCUCACUGUUGCUGUGAUAUUCUGUUUUUAUUUUUAUUUCAUUUUUGUUCUUCUCUCUGGUCGUCCACAUCACCUGGAUUCCUUGGGUCUCGCUCGUCAAGUCCACUUUGCUCAGGAAUGGCGUCAAGAAUCUAUCUCUCUAUCUCUCUCUCUAUCUCUCUAUCUAUCUAUCGUCUCUCUCUCUCUCUCUCUCACAUCACAGCUUACAGUUUGGGGGUUGAUUUUGUGUUUUCAAGCCAAGAUAAACAACUUUAUUUGCCUUCUGCGAGGCGUUCCUACUCGAGACCUUUUUUUUUUCUUCUUUUUUUUUAAUGUCCAGUUUGAAUUUGAUGUGAUAGACUAGCUUGUUGUGUUCUCUGGGGUGCAGCUGUCGUGGUUAUUGAUCGGCCCACAUUGCACAAAAACAAACAACAACAAAAAAGGAGUCUUUGGAAUUUUCUAACCUUCUCUUUUCUCACAAGAGAAAACUUGAGCUCUUAUCUUUUUUUUUUUCUUCUUUUUUUUCUUGCGAUAUCUCUUUUCAAAAAAGGAAGAGAAAAAACUGAUUUAUGCAAUGAAAUCAUAUAAUCAGCCACAGACUUGUGGGACUAAAAGCCAUUAGUUUCCUUAGAGGAUUUAUAUUUUAACAACACACACAUACACACACACACACACAGGCCCAAAUGCAAAUAUAUAUACACAUACAAAUAUAUACAAAGCCCAAAGAGUCUUAAGAUAUCUUAAUGGCCAGAGUGAUGAUAGGCGUGAAUUAGAUGAAUUUAUAAUACUUUUUUUUUUUUCUCGUGAAACAACGAAAAAAAUCGGCUUCAGUAAAAUUUUCGGGUGGCGUAUUUAAAAUGCACCAAAAUCACAAGUACGUUGAAAUAUAUCUAUUUCUGCCUUAGCCACGAGAACCCUGAAGGAAACGCCUGUUAUUUCAUACUUUUUAUGUAUUUACUGCGUUCGGGACGAGAAGAACUCGUUUUCGUCUUCUGGCUGAAACGUUGUCGCGGUUAAUUAUUUAUUUUUUUACUUCUCCCCGUUUCAGUGUUUUCUUUUCUCUCUCUCUCUCUCUCUCUCUUUCUCUCUGGCCUUGUUAGAAUAAGACUGUGCCCUUUGCAUGACUGUUAUAAGCUCCGUAUACAAAGACGACGACGAGGUUGUUAAGUGCCACACAAGCCAGGGAGAGAGAGCCCGGGCUCUUUCUGUUUCUACCUUAUUCUUUUUUUUUUUUUUUAUAAAUGAUUAUUUUUGGGGAUGUCACACUUCCCAAUCACAUGGUGCUUUGUUUCCCCCGUUUCUUUCUUUUUUUGUUUCAGCUCUUGUUUCUUUUUUGUUUUUUCAUUUCCAUAUUUCUUCUUCUUUUUCUCGUUAUUAGGCAAACUCCAUUGUGCACGUCUUUUUUUGGGGGGGGGGUGGGGGUUGCAAAUAGGAGAAUAACCAUAUAUCUGUAUUUAUACCAAUCGCAGAGAAACCACGACGUGCGUUCUUGUGGGAUCCAGUUUUUAAAUAAUACCCAAAUUUAAAACAAAUCAGGUUUUUCCCCCCAUUUCGUCCGUUGUAACGUUUGUUUUUGUAAAUUUCUUUUAAUUUUUUUUGCUUUUAAAUUGCACAUUAUUAUCACGCUGGUAAAACGAUCGGCGACUUUAGUGCAACGAAAAAACACACGAAGCCGGCAGAAAACUGCUGAUUUUUAAAAGUUGGAUUUUCAAGAUUUGAAGCGAACAGAAUUGAGACUUUUUAAUAAGACUUUUUAUGGGAGCGUCACUCAGUUUGUUUACGAUGUAUUCAGUUUCAUUGGCGACCGCUCGGCGCCACUCGGUGACUUCAAGAAUGAAACGUAAAGUAUUAAAGUACGACACUAAAAACAUCUCUAAUAGAUUAAAAGACCAAAUCUACCUGAAUGGAUUCUUCAAGAAUCUUUCUCUGCUGGCACUUAAAGUGGGAAAUUAGAGAUUUAAAAGUAUAACAAGAUGGUUUCGACAAAAUAUAUAUAUAUAUAUAUAUAUAUAUAUAUAUAUAUAUAUAUAUAUAUAUAUAUAUAUAUAUAUAAACGACGAUAUGAAACUGAGAAAAACAGCAAAACUUCAUAUCUUGAGAAGCUGCAAAUGUUUAGUAUUUUACCUUUUUUUUUCUUUAUAAAAGACCUAAACAAUUAUCCAUUUAUCGUAAUUGUUCACGAUUUCAAUUGAUCCACUUUCAAUGCAUUACGAUGCUGUAACUUGGGGAGUCUUUUAGGCAGCACAACAAACGAGAAGCAAAACAACUUCUUUCUUUUUGUACGUUUACAAUCGUAAAUGAACGAUGUCCUUUUUGUCCAGGUAAAAAAAAAAAAAACACUCAACGGAAAUAACUGCCUCAAACUUUGUCUCGUUUCCCUUUUUUUUUUUUUUUUUUUUUAAUAAUUGGUGUGUGAAGCGGAAAAACAUAUGGAAACAUUAGAAAAUAACUAAAUUGCAGCGUUAUCAUGAAAAUAUCCUACAAACCUUUUUAUAUUUAAUAACAAUUAAAAUGACCCUCUUUACUCACCUCCCCCACCCCCCCACACACACACACACACACACCUUACCCAACUCACCUGGGGCAAAAAAAUGACCAAAACUCCAUUGCAAAAAUGACUGAAUUAAUUUUUUUUUGCACUCUUCAAAUUUUCAGCUGCGCAGACGUUGACCGUGAGGUAAAAGACUCGUCCGUGCCGGCGGUCCGAGUCCUCACGCGCCGCCUGCCGCCGUACACAAACCCGUCUGUCUCUGGACUAUUAAAAUGCACUUGCUUCUACAGUCGUUGGGACGGGACUUGUAAUCCGAGGUGCCUGCCGGGACCUGCCUGUAGAUAGUCUUUUAUUUUGGCGGGGUUUGGGGGGGUGUUUAGUUAGAAUUUAAAGGCACUGGAAACCUUUUACUGGGAUUCGUUGUAUACAAAAAAAAAAAAAAAAAGCUUCUGCUGAUUUCUUUGUGCAACGUGUCUGUUUGUGCCUUCUUUGAUAGUCUUGAUAUCCAAGAUUUGACGUGCAGCUUUUUGUUCAGUCGGGAAUCUGUUUGUAAUCGCAGUAUACGCUCUUAAAAAUGAACACAAUCAAGUCUGAGGGGGGAGGGAGGGGGGGGGGGGUAUCCUUAUCUUUCAGUUAUGUACAUUUUAAAGAGAUUUGUUUCCACAGCUUUUGUGAUUUUGUGACCGUAUUGAAAAAGAUUUAAAACAUUUAUAUAUAUUUUUUUUUUUUUUUGCGUUACCCUUUUUUUUUUUCUGCAGAUAUUUUUAUUGUGAAAAAUGAAUGUUCUGUUUCUAUCGGACACUAAUCUUGUUUUUUUGAGUUGUCUCCAGUGGUGGAACUACUUCACUCUGUAUGGUUUUUUUUGGAUCAGUAUAAACCUUUUUAAAUUGUGUAGUUUAACAUUUUCUGAAAGAGGAGUAAAGAAAUAAAAAAAUAAAAGUGAAAAAAGAUCCUCGUUUUUGGAUUUCAACGGUUCCCGUUUUUCGACCCGCCAUUUUUUUUUCUCUAAUUGAUCGGUCGGUUUUAUUUUUGCUGUCGUGUGAAGGAUGUGACUUGAACGAAGCAUUUCUUUGCUAUUAUUAAAGACUGACUUUUGACAAA